AGUAGGCUACGACCCUGAGUUUAUUGCCCAAGUAGAAGAGAAAUGUAUGCAGUUUGACCCCCAUGUAAUGAUCAUGGUGGGGUAUAACAUGCAUAAGUUUGAACAGAAUUAUCGAAAAGAGAGCUUUAUAGAACUUGCAAAGAUCCUUCAAGAGUUUGUCUCCAGAGAAGCAAUCAAAAAGUCUGAAUACAAGAAAGUCUUCAGAAAGCUAUUCGAGCAAGACAGCUUAGCUGAAGUACUUUGAAUUAAAAGUUUACGAAGCAUGAGGAAAGAAUUUGAAGAGAACAACCCUCAGACCGUCCCCAUCAACUCAAUUGAGGAAGAAAGCUCUUACUCUCUAGGAGAAACUCAUGAGAAUACUCAGUCAUUUCAGGCUUUUGAGGCUCCACAAACUAUAGCAAAAGAUACAGGUUUCACCUCCCAAAUCUCAGAUACUGGGUCUGGAGGAGGUUGGAAAAAUGAGCCUGAGGUUUACCAAGGAUUCCCUGGUUUCUCCUCGAAGCAGCAUAUUGCUACUGAAAGUGCCAAACCCCAAAUCUUGAGACCUAAAGAAGCAUCUAUCUCUAGCUUCAAUUCGAAUCAAUAUCCUCCAAAUUUCUUGGAUACUAAGAAAGGCAACUCAGAGAGAGAAUACCGCCCGAUAGCACAGACUACUUCUAAGCUGACAACUGCUGAGAAGCCAAGACGAGAGACAAGACCUGCACCUAAUUUGGCCUCAGUUUCUGAGUCUAAAGCUAAGUCAUUUGAAAAAGCUCCUUAUGUAAGCCCUGAGCAGCCUCUUAUUGACAAAAAGCAGCAAGAACUAAUAGCAGAACAGAAAUAAAAUCCUUGAAGAAUGUAGCAAAGCUAAACAGUUUGAUAAUGCUCCCAAAUCCCUACAGAAAGCAGUGAAUAAGGUACCUAACAAUGGAGUCAAGAGGAAGAGGGCCAACACUAAUCAGGUGCCUGCCUCUAGAGUGAAUGAAGAGAACAAGAACAACAGAAGGCCUGCUCCUGCUUCUCAAGCCAAUAACUUCAAUAAGAUUCAACAAAAGCGUCAAAGAGCUCCACCAAAGCAGCCAACUUCAACUAAAAGUGCACAUAUUCAGAGAGAGCCUGAGCCUAGGCCACCACCUCAGCCUGUAGAAAGUGAUGCCUUAAAAACUAUCUUUGGAAAUAUAGGUUCUGCGAAAAGACAAAAGCUCUCUGAAGGUUGAGUAAACCCUUGCGGGCAGUAUACCCCAACUCAAGAUAGUAAUAGCCAAUACCAAGCUAGGAACCAAGGCCAGAGCCGAGCUACAAACCCGGCUCUGUUCCAAGCUGCUCCUCCAGUUCAUGCUGGUGAGGAGUACAAAGAAGUCCUUGCACCACGCAACAAUGAUAAAAUGACUUACGAAGAAGUCAUGAGAAUAGCAGAGGAAGAAGAACAAAGGGAACUUGAGGAAAGAAGAAAGCGUGAAGCUAUUGAAGAAAAGGAAAGUCUUAGAGUAAUCCAGCAAUUGCAGGAAGAACAACAGCGUGAAGCCUCAUCAAACCCGAACAACCCUGUAGUAUCAGAGCCUCCACAGCAAGAGUCUUCAGGGAUCCCCAAUUUUUUACUGUACGGUCAAAAGAGAUAAAUGUGUGAACCAAGAACAAGAGAUAUGAAAUUA